AAGUGUCUUAGUCCUUGAACGUCAAAAAUAGCAAGUAAUUAAUAGACAUACGAAUAAUGUGUUUAUUCAAGUGCUCCUUACGCUCUACUGUGAAAAUCGUGCGAUGUAUUUUAAGUGUUAAAUAUAAAUCAUCUUAUACAAAUAUGUUACCAUCGACAUACGUCGAAGGUUUUCAUGAUCUGGAAGCCGUUAAGGCUAUGGAAUAUAGACCUUUCGGCAAAACCGGAUUAAUGGUCAGCAAAUUAUCAUUUGGUGGCGGACCGCUUGGUUGUCAUUAUGGUACGUAUGAUGAAGGUCAAGCAAUUGAAGCGAUACGUCAAGGAAUAAAACAGGGGAUCAAUUACAUUGAUACCGCACCAUGGUAUGGUCAAGGUCGCUCCGAAGCUACUAUUGGAAAAGCACUGAAAGGCAUUCCACGUAAAGCAUAUUAUAUCGCGACAAAAGUCGGACGAUAUGAAUUAAAUUACGAAAAUAUGUUCAAUUUUUCCAAAGAAAAAACUAGAAGUAGUUUCCUUGAAAGCUUGCAACUUUUGGGUUUGGAUUAUGUUGAUGUCAUCCAAGUUCAUGAUAUCGAAUUUGCACCAAGUUUAGACGUGGUAAUUACACAAACCUUACCAGAACUGUCAAGACAAGUUGCGGAGGGCAAGGCAAAGCACAUUGGUAUCACUGGAUAUCCGAUAUCCAUUUUGAAGGAAUGUAUUGAGAAAAGUAAUAUUAAAAUUUCUUGCAUACUGAGCUAUUCAAGGCAUACGCUAAUAGAUAAUACUUUGUCUGAAUAUAUUCCAUUUUUCAAGGCACAUAAUAUUGGUAUAAUUAAUGCCUCUGCACCAUGUAUGGGACUUCUAACUAAGAAGGGUCCACCAACUUGGCAUCCCAGUUCAGAACAAACGAAAAAAAUAUGUGCAGAUGCUGCUGCAUAUUGUAAGGAUCAUGAUAUAGAAUUAGUCAAGUUAGCAUUAUGGUAUUCUAUGCAAUGCAAAGAUAUUGCUACAUAUUUAGUUGGAAUGCAAAAUUUAAAAGAACUGCAGAUAAACCUUGAUGUUGUUAAAAAUGGAAUUACAGAUAAGGAAAAAGAUGUGCUUCAAGAAAUUCAGGAAAAUCCCCGUUCUCAAAGAUUUUUAAAGUAUCUGAUCUGACAAGGGAUUACAUUCUAUCUACUAUAUUUCUAUGAUAAAUAACUACCUAUUAUACUUAAGUUGAUAUGAAUUUGGUAAGUUGUCAAUUAUUAAAACAAGAGUUCUCGCUUAAUAAAUCAUUUGGACUCAUAACAAUAAGGCAAUGGUUAAUUGAUAAUACAUGAAAUAAUUCAAUUAUACUUAUGUCCAAAAUUAAAAAAAUUCAGGAACAGAAAUUAGAGAUUUCUUCUUAUAAUAAAAAAAUAUAAAAUGAUCCUUCUU